AUGUCUGCAGUUGAAGAGAAUAUUCCAUUUACUGUAGAAACAGAUGCAUCUGAAUCAGCUUUAGCGGCUACUCUUUCACAAGCUGGAAGGCCAAUAUGUUUCUUUUCAAGAACCCUAACUAAGAGUGAACAACAUCUACCUGCUGUGGAAAAAGAGGCCCUCGCAAUAUUCGAUUCAAUACAGAAAUGGAGGCAUUUCCUGAUUGGAAGACGGUUUAAAUUAAUUACAGACCAAAAAUCUGUGUCCUAUAUGUUCAAUCAGAAACACGCGGGAAAGGUUAAGAACAAGAUUUUAAAGUGGCGAUUGGAACUAGCACCUUUCUCUUACGACAUAGUGUACCGUUCUGGCAAGGAAAAUGUAGUAGCAGAUGCAUUUUCACGAGUUUCAUCUUCCAUCUCUUGUAGAGAUUUCGAAAAACUCCGUAGAAUUCAUUGUGACAUUGGACAUCCAGGAAUAGUACGGAUGGUUCAUUUCAUAAAAAGUAAAAAUCUCCCUUACUCUAUCGAAGAUGUCAGGCGAAUGACCGCUUUAUGCUCUGUUUGUGCGGAAGUGAAACCUCGGUUCUACCAAAAAACCCCAUCAACACUCAUCCAUGCAAUGGCUCCUUUCGAGAGACUUAACAUUGAUUUUAAGGGGCCAAUACCAUCAAGGAACAACACAAGGAAUAAAUAUAUACUGACGGUUGUUGAUGAGUAUUCAAGAUAUCCGUUUGCUAUUCCUUGCUCGGACACAUCAGCAUCUUCUGUCAUCAAAGCACUUACAUCAAUCUUCACCAUCUUUGGUAUGCCUGCUUUUGUCCACUCCGACCAAGGUUCUGCUUUCAUGUCAAAAGAACUGAGUGAUUUCUUACACUCUAAAGGAAUCGCCACUAGCCGAUCUUCACCUUAUAACCCUCGAGGUAAUUCUCAAGCUGAGCGAUAUAAUGGAACGAUUUGGAAGACUGUAUCUCUUGUUCUGAGAAACAAGGGACUGAAGACAGAACAGUGGGAGUAUGUUUUGCCAGAAGCUUUGCAUUGUAUACGCUCGUUACUAUGUACAGCUACGAAUGAGACCCCACAUGAACGUCUUUUCAAACACCAGAGACGAUCAUUUUAUGGCACCUCUCAACCUCAAUGGCUCAUGAAUCCAGGACCAGUAUUAGUGAGAAGGCAUGGAAGAAAUAACAAAUAUGAACCUUUAGUGGAACAAGCUAGGCUGAUAGAGGCUAAUCCAGACUAUGCUCGCAUCAAGUAUAGAGAUGGUAGAGAGGCUCUGGUAUCGGUGCGACAUCUCGCUGUUCCCCCUGAAGCUAUCCAACAAGAGGAUGAGCCAGUGACUUCAGAAAAUCCCAGUCAAGAACUAGAUCCUGUUCUUCAAGACCUGAGACGUGAAUCAAACCUGCUUCAUCAACCUGAAAUUGGGAACUCUAUUCAAUCUGAAAACGAAACAUCCCCUCUGCAUGAGACCGUGACCCCUACUUCUGUGAGGUAUUACGAAGAAACAAACCUGCGUCGUUCCACCAGAGUCCGAAGACCUCCCACCUAUCUAAGGGAUUACAUUUAA